AAGAUGCACAAACUAAGUAUUACAGCAGUUUGGUACUUUAGACUGCUACUGAUUGUCUCUUUCCUUGACAUCCUUUUUAUUGGCUUUAUCUAAUGCAUUAAUUUAAAAAAAAUGAAUUUUUAUUCACAUUUGCUGCAACCCAUGUGCAUAAAAUAAACUUAAAAAUGUGUUUAAGUUGGUUUCAUCUCUCAUCUGUUGUGUCCGUUUAUCUGUGUGUGUUUUUGAUGUGCAGAAAAAGAAACUUUUGGUUCCAUUUUUUUUUUUUUUUUUUUAAUUUGUUGAAUUUUCGUAAGAAAAAGAUGAGCGUUUCACCUUAAAGAGGCGUCGUGCCCCGCCUUUGCAUGAGAAGAGGGAUAAAUCCUCUGCGUUUGACUGACGGCGAUCCCCCAUCAACUCUGGCCGUCCAAUCAGAAAUCAGAUCCAGGGUCCGUCCCUGGCUCCCAGCGUCACACUAAAAUGGUUUUCAGGUCUCCGCUUGAUUUUUUAUCAGCCUCCCGGCUCCUCCUGCCCCACUUUUCCGACGGGCCGCCUCACCUGUCCCGCUCCCGGUCCCCAGAGGACCCCCCGGCGGCCGCCCCUCCUCUGUCCCUCCCGGGACUCUGCUUCUCCGCCACGCAGAUCGCCAGCGUGUGCGAAACCCUGGAGGAGACCGGGGACAUCGAGCGGCUGGCCCGCUUCCUCUGGUCGCUGCCGGUCACCGCCGACGGCCGCGACUCCAUCUCCGAGCACGAGUCCGUGCGGCGGGCGCGCGCCGUGGUCGCCUUCCACACGGGGAGCUUCCGCGAGCUGUACCGCAUCCUGGAGACGCACCGCUUUACGCGCACCUCGCACGGGAAGCUGCAGGCCAUGUGGCUGGAGGCUCACUACCGCGAGGCGGAGAAGCUGCGGGGCCGACCGCUGGGGCCCGUCGACAAGUACCGAGUCAGGAAGAAGUUCCCGUUACCGAGGACCAUCUGGGACGGAGAGCAGAAGACGCACUGCUUCAAGGAGCGCACCCGCGGGCUGCUGAGAGAGUGGUACCUGCAGGACCCGUACCCGAACCCGGGGAAGAAACGGGAACUGGCUCACGCCACCGGACUGACGCCGACCCAGGUUGGGAACUGGUUUAAGAACAGGAGGCAGAGGGAUCGCGCGGCGGCGGCUAAAAACAGGUUGCAGCAUCACCGCAUCUGCACAGAUGGUUCCCGUCCACCGAGCGGAGGAGACUGCAGUCCAGACGGCAGCGCGGAGCGGGUAGACGGGGAAACUUUCCUCUCAGUGACGGACAGUGACUCAGACUUGGAUGUCUGAAACUUUUGGUCAAUAUUUUUUCUUUUUUUUUUCACGGCCUCUAACAGAUUUUCUCUAUUUUUACCUUCAUCUAUCUUCUCACCAACUCUGACCAGCAUCCGUAGAUGGAGCACACCCCACAGCAUGAUGCUACCUCUUAUCUUCACACUAAGGGGAUAAUAAUAUUUUCAAGACGAUUUGUAAUGUGAGCUUUAAGCUGAACACUUUUGUUCAAGUCAUUUGUAAGAAAAUUGCAAGCCAUUUAAAAAUGUUUCUUGCUAUACAAAUACGCUCUGAGUAAAACACAUUAAAGGUUUGUGGUUGUAUUUUGGAGGGGUCUGAAUACUUUUAGAAGUCGCUGCAUUGCGAUCACUUUAUCCUAGCCUGACCAGUAGAAGCACAGGUUGCGUUAACAAUUUUCUGCUUCCUCUGUUUUCUGGCUGAUGGUUUGUUUCCAGGGAAAGAGCUCGUGACCUUUGACCACUUUCUGUUCCAGCCACAUCCAGUGAUAAUGGGUUCAUCUGACAAUCCAAAUUAGAGCAGCACUGAGCAGAAAACCCCCCACUGGUCUCCGUCUGCAGCGGCUGGAACUUUUCGGACUGAAACCUCAUUUGGUGUCGUUUUCCUGAAUGAAACUAGUUUUUAGAGACAACCUGGACCGACUGCUGUACAAUCAACUACUAACUAAAUCCUACCUCUUUGUCUGCCUGUUUGUAUUUUUAGUCAUAAUGCUGGUUUUCCUCUUUACCUCAGCUCUGUUUCAGGUUCUCUGUGCAGUUUGUGUGAAGCCAUGCCGCGGCCUACUCCAUGUUCAAUUUGAUGCUGACAAAAUGUUUUUAGUAUUUUAUAUUAAAAUUAUUUAAUUUUAAAAGAUCAU